AGCAAGCUUGGUUCGGUAUCGUAUCGAUACGCGCUGUGUAUGCUAAACACAAAUUUUAUAUAAAAUAACCAAUAUACAAUCAAAUAUCAUUCAAAAACCUUCACAAUGAGUGCCCCAAAUGGGAUGCUGUACGGCGGCGAUGAAAUUGGCGCAUUAGUGUUUGAUCCAGGACAUCAUUCCUUAAGAGUUGGGUAUGCCCAAGAAGACACCCCAAAAGCUGAUAUUCCCGCUGUGGUAGGCGUAGGACCAGCUACACACGUCCCAGAGCCCGAGGAAAAGGUCCCAGAUGGCAAUGUUACGCAAAGCGGCACAAAGGCAGGCGGCGAACUCCGUCACUACAUAGACGUGACAGAGCUGCACGUGCCGCGGCCGAACAUGGAGAUACAAACUUACAUGAAGGACGGACAGGUCGACAACUGGGACCUGUUUGAGAAGAUGCUUGACUAUUGUUAUGCUAAGGUCAUCCGCUCCCCAUCAGAACACCACCCAGCCCUGUUCACCGAAGCGGUGUGGAGCACCCGGCCGUCCAGGGAGAAGCUGGCGGAGCUCCUCUUCGAGAAGUACCAGGCGCCGGCUUUCUUCCUCGUGAAGAACGCUGUGGUCGCAGCGUUCGCUAACGGGAAGAGCACAGCGUUGGUUGUGGACGCUGGGGCCAGCCACACGUCGGCUGUGCCGGUCAUUGAUGGAUACGCUCUAGUGAGUGCCGCGGUGAGGUCCCCGCUGGGCGGCGACCACCUCGCGGCCCAGGCCAAACACAUGCUCGCCUCCAUGCAUAUACAGAUGCUGCCGAUAUACAGUAUACAGAGCAAAGAAGUGAUUCGCGAGCGUGAACGAGCAAGGUACACUUUGAAAACGCUGCCAGCCGGCUUGACCCACUCGUGGCAGCAGUACAUGCUCAAACGACAGUAUGAGGACUUCUGUCAUUGUGUAGCUCAAGUGUCAGAAAGUCAAUACGACGAGCGCGUGGCGGCUGCGGUGCCCGGGACCCACUACGAGUUCCCGGGCGGGUACCACCAGGACUUCGGCACCGAGAGGUUCAAACUGACCGAGUGUCUGUUCGAACAGGCGUUGGGGGCACCGCAUCUCGUGUGUGCGGCGGCGGGCGCGUGCGACGCAGACGCGAGGCCGGCGCUGUGGGGCAGCGUGCUGGCUGUGGGGGGGGGCGCCUGCCUGCCGGGCUGGACUGACCGGCUGGCCAAGGAGCUGGCCAGCAGGGCGCCCUCCUCACACAGGUUGAAGAGCCACACAGCUCCCUCGCACAACGAGAGGAGAUUUGCUGCUUGGAUUGGCGGUUCUAUCCUGGCUUCAAUCGGAUCCUUCCAGCAGAUGUGGAUAUCGUCGCAGGAGUACGACGAGGGAGGCAAAGGGCAGCUGGAGAGAAAAUGCCCUUAAAUUUUAUACCUUUUAGUCAACACUCUUCUACCGCACCGCUACUAAGAUAACGUUCAUUGGAAACUGAGCUUUAACGCGUCCUCUGUAGACAUACUUUACAUUGACGAGAGCUCAGGUACGCUAAUUUGUAGACAAUAUAAAGUAUGUCUACAGAGGUCGCGUUAAAGAUCAGUUUUCAAUGAACGUCAUCUUGCCGUGGGGAUAGCGCUAGUAGUUCAAAUGUAUACCGAGUCCCUUUACAGACGAUUAACAGAAACUAUCGAUGCCACGUAAUUUGCGGUAACCACUUUCCAUCAAGUGGUGUCUAUACUAUGUUUAAGUUUGAAAGAUAGAAAUAAGAUUAUUAAUGUUUCAAACAUAUUUUGUAUAAGAAUGACAAAUUUAGGAUUUAAAUUUUUAAAACCCAUCAUUUUAAAAUUAAAUUCUGUCUACUUGUACAAAAGUAUUUGGUAUGUGUGAUUAUGAUAUGGUGUAUGUAUGUCUGAGAAUAAAUUCAUUUUAGUAUA